CGGAUCAUGGGAUUGAUACAAAAUGGCUGUUUGGUUGUUUAUACAAACAUAACCAACAAUAUUUUUGACAUUUCAUCAAGGUAUACAAAACAUGCCGUUGUUUUCAAACAAGUUUUCACCGAAAAAAACGCCUACUAGAAAGGCAUUCGUUUCGUUGGCGAACAAGGAUCUCAGCCCUAAAAGGAUCGAAAAAGAAUUAGGGCCUGAUGUUGGACCCAUACGUUUGCGACUCGGUGACCAAGAGACUGUAUUCGACGGUGGACAGUGGAUUCCUGAAUCUGGUAAAGUUGGUGGAACUUACAAAGAGAAUGAACGGCUACGAAAAGAGGUGAAGAAGCUUGAAGAGGAGAAUAAUGUUCUGAAGCUGAAGUUCGAACUGAUGCUCGACAUGCUGACGCAAGUGACAGCAGAGUCUAAUCUACAUGGUAAAGAACUCGAUGCUCGUAAAGAUAAGCUGUCACACUCGAAAAGUACUUAGGUAAUUACACAUAAUAUCACAUUUUUACAAUUUAACUUAUCAAAGUCUUGAAGAUUUUUCAUAUUAUUAAACUGGUUCAAUAAAUUGUCCUAACCCGCAUCAUUUCGUGAGCAGGUACGUCUGGUAUGACCUGAAAUAUCAAUAAUUAAAUUAUCCAUUUGGUAAA